UUAUUGGUUGAAUUUUAGGAUCUUAGGAUUAAGAUCCGAAGCAUAAACCCAGCCUUAGUGCACACUAGUGCGUGAUCUGCGACAUGGAAGAUAUAGAACGUUUUAUAAGAGUUGUACAACAGAAAAGGUGUGCUGAUCACCGAGAAUUAGAACAUCUCGAUGUAGAGCCUAGUGAGCAUAGGAAGUUAAUAAAAGAAUUGCAAGACUUGAGAAGAGAGAGAGAACAAUGCAAGGAGAACGUCACAAAACAUCUCAAUAUGAUUACGUCACACAAGCACUCUAUACAUAAAAUUAUACACUCUACAAACAAUAUUUCAGGCUUGCCUGUAUCACAUGAUUAUGCACAAGAUAUGACAACAAUGUUCAUUGAUGCGAUUGAAUUCUUGAAUAAUAUAGGAGAUAUACACAAAGCACUCACUAAUGUUAAAGAAAAUAAUGUGGAUCCUUUAAAAUUGAUUCAAGAUGUGACAAUGUGUACAGAAGUUGUAGGAAACAAAUUAUAUCAAACAAAGUGUAGUAUUGCCCAGCUGGAAACAUUGAAGGAAAAUAUAGUAGCACUCAAACAUCUCUUAGAUAGUAGUAGUAAUACUGAAGAUGGAAGUAUAAAUUUAACCAACAUCAACGAGUCAACAGAUAGCAGUUCAACUAUCAUGUAAUAAAUAUAUUAACGUGCACAUUUAUUGUCUAUUAGUCAUAAUAUACAUAUAACAUAUUAAACACAGUUUUCACACAUAUAUACAAAAAGUAUGUCAUAGAUAUUGUAUAUGUCAAAUGUGUUGUAUCAAAAUUU